UCAACCGCCCAGAAUCAACGCCACGCACAGCCCAGACGAAACCUAUAUAUAAAUCGCGGUGUCCUCUGCUCGAACGUGCCGCUGAUCGUCGAUGACACCCUCCCGACCUCGUCGGUCUCGCAUUUCUACGCCGACGAAAAGAAGAGCGGAGGCAUAUUCGCCACGAUGCGGACGUUGUUAUCAUCGGCGCUGGCGUCGCGGGUUCCACCCUCGCUGUCGCGCUUGGUGACCAGGGCCGCAGCGUCAUAUUGCUUGAGAAGAAUCUGAAGCAGCCGGAUCGCAUCGUGGGUGAGCUGCUGCAGCCGGGCGGCGUGCUCGCGCUGCAGAAGCUGGGUCUUGGACACUGUUCGAGGACAUUGACGCUAUUCCUGUGCUUGGGUAUCUAGUGACAUAUCAUGCACAGCCGGUUGAGAUUCCGUACCCUCGGAAUGCUGGCAAGGUAAUGGCUCAAGAGUAGAGGGAAGAAGUUUCGAUCACGGCAGAUUUGUGCAAGCACUGCGAACGGCGGCGAUGCAGCACUGCGAACGUAACGGUAAUCGAGGAUACCGCGACGGAACUCAUCAAAAACGAGUGGACGGGCCAGAUACUCGGCGCGAAGACGAAGGCAGAAGGCAUUUAUUUUGGAGUCUUACAAUAGUCUGCGACGGUUGUGCGUCGAGAUUCAGGAAAGACUACAUACAGCGGACACCGAUCACGACAUCGAAAUUCUAUGGCCUGGAAAAGAAGGAUGCUGUGCUGCCAGCACCGUAUCACGGCCAUGUUAUUCUUGGGGACAGUUCACCUAUCCUGCUCUAUCAGAUUGGCACACACGAGACGAGAGCACUCAUCGACGUCAAGGACGGCUGCCGCAGCAGCCCCAAAAGCCGGAUCAUUCCCAUACGCAUUACGUCGACCGCCUGCCUAUUUCCCUGGCUUGCAAAGAAGCCUCAGCGCACGGAAAUAGCUAGUCACAUACUUUUCCACAGGGGCAUCACGGCAGCCGCCCGUCGAAGUUCACACCUCGUCCGAGUAUCCUUACGCACUAUUGGCAGCGUCUGCCAUGCAAUAUGCGCUGAAGGAGGCAAGGCGCUGUGCAUGUCAAGGUGAUAGGGGCUUAAGUGCGUACUGCGCUCGUCGAUCCACCGUUCCACGAUUCCUUCAUCGAUAUUACGUAGCUUUUUCGACUGGCUGCUCAACCAAAAGACAGGAAGAGGAGGAAGACGUUUACGUGGUACGAAGUACAGGAGCUCUCUUGGCACAUAUUGGAAGCUCUAUCGGCUCGUGUUUGAAAGAGCCACAGGGGACAAGAUCAAUGGACAGCUAAAUCGUAGCAUGCAAAAGGUGUUACGCAAGCUCGCAACGACGCACGGUCUGCUUGAGUUCGGCAGAGAGAAGUCUUGCAUGUACGUCGAAGACCUGAAGGAAGUCUUGCAAACAAACCUCACUACAACGAAGAAAUGGUACGCACAUGGAAUGCUUCGUAUGGAGAUACAGCUGUUUAUGCAGCUGGCGGGCUUCACCGCCAGUCGGCCACUGGCACUUCUCUUUAUUAUUAUUGAAUGGCGUCAUUCACUGUGAUAUGUAUCCUAGAAAAUUUCCCCCUGAUAAAAAGGAAAGCACGAGAUUCUUCCAAAAGAUUAACAGAGUCCACUAAAUAUGAAACCUGAC